AUGGCUGGUUCCUCGCCUGCACCUGUAGACAACGCUCCGGCUGCUGCUGCGGCGGUAGCCGCUGUUCCCGAGGCGGCUGCUGCCCCGGCUGCUGCCCCGGCUACCAGCGAAGUUGACGACAAUAUCCUGCCCGGCCGCCAUUGGAUCGCUCAGGCCGAGAACGAUGCAGAUUCGUUUGUCGACAGCGUAGGCGACGAGACCACGGCCUCUCUGCGGUCCAGCAUUCGUAACUACAGGGAAAUCAAUGGCAGAACCUACCACGGCGAGGUCGGCCAAGCCGAAUAUUGGGGCCCUAACGAUGACAGAGCGCAAGAAGGGCUUGACAUUCACCACCACGCCUGUUUCCUCAUGCUGGGUCAGGAGCUUCAUCUCGCCCCACUCCAAGAGGGUAUUCAAAAAGUUCUUGAUAUCGGAACUGGGACAGGUAUCUGGGCAAUCGACUUUGCGGAUGAGUUCCCCGGCGCCGAGGUGAUCGGCACCGACGUGUCCCCCAUCCAGCCCUCUUGGAUUCCGCCCAACCUCAAGUUUGAAAUUGACGACUGCACCCGAGAAUGGACAUAUGCUGAGAACAGCAUCGAUUACGUCCAUACUCGCUGGCUCAUCGGCAGCAUCGCUGACUGGACUGCUUUGUUCAAGGAGGCGUUCAAGUGCCUCAAGCCCGGUGGCUAUCUCGAGAGCCACGAGCCGUCGUCCGGUUUUGAGAACCAGGGCGAGCCCCUGGACCAGAAGAGCGCCUUGGCCCAGUGGGGCAAGUUCUUCGUCAAGGGCGGGCUGAAGUUCGGUCGUCCUUUCACCGUCUUUGAGGAACACAUUCAGAGAAAGGCGAUGGAGGCGGCCGGCUUUGUCGACAUUGAGGAGCGUGAGAUCAUCAACCCCGUCGGCAACUGGCCUGCCGAUCCCAAGACGAAGGAGAUUGCCCAGUUCUCUGAGGCGACCUUCCUUGAGGACCCCAAGGGGUACAUCGCCUUCUUCGCCCACGCCCUUGAUUGGACGACUGAAGAGAUUGAAAUGUACCUGUUGCAGUUCCGCCGCGAGCUCAAGUCGAGCAAUCACCGGGCCUUCUAUCGCCACAGGGUCGUUUGGGGCAAGAAGCCCCUGGUCUGA